AUGGAUAGUUAUUAUUCAGGACUUGAAGAUCUGGAUGUAACUUUGAUUUCUGAUCAAAAUAUGGAUGAUUAUUCUGGAACUUUCAAGCUUCCAUUUAACAUUUCGUCUCUUGUUCAAGAAAAUCUAGAACCUCAAGAAAAUCUAUUUGGUCAAUCAGAAUUUACAUUCAAAUGUGAUGAAAAUUUUGAUCAAAUCAUAGAACAGUUAGUAAAUAAACAUGAAAGAAACUUUGGCAUUAAAGAAAUUAAUGAAGAAAUAUCUUCUAAAAUAGAAUCGGGAUGUCGAAUAAAUCUACCUAAUGUUGUUAUAUUGGAACCUGGACCAGCAUCUGAUAGCAACGCUGCCAUAUUCGAGUCAAUCAAUAUGUAUCUAAAAGAUUUUGAACAAGAUCAAAGAAUGAUGGCGAUUCAAGAUGAAUGCGAUAGAUUGUUGCUUUUAUAUAACAAAUUCAUGAGAGACAAUGUAGUUAGUACAGGAGAUCGAAAUACUAAACAAUACACUGAAGCUUUCUGGGAACUUGUUGAUGAACUUACCAGUGCAUUUAAUCACCCUGAUCUUACACAACAUAAUCUUUUCUGA